AUGUAUUCUCCACUAGAUCUGAAUUAUAAAUUUGCCAGGCAAAAAGCGUCGAAUUAUAAAGGAUUUAUAUUUAUUGCCUUGGUUUUUGCAGUUGUGAUAUUUAUUGGAACUCGAGGGGCUACUUCUGAAUUUGAAAAUGAAAAUGAGAAUUCUGAAUUUCGAAAUCAAAAUCCGAGAGCUGAAGUAUAUGUGAGACCAGUUCUUGAAGUUCAACCUGAAGUUGUGAAGCCUGAAGACAAAGUUGAAGUUCCAGCUUCAACUUCAGAAGCUUCAGAAGCUUCAUCUCCAGUUUCAACUUCCAAAGAAAACAUCGAAUUGACCCCGGUUUUUCGUGGAUAUACUGGUCCGAGACACGAAUUGGAUGAUGUGGAAUGGGAAACUGAUUCGAAGGUGAGCAAGAGAUCAGGAAAAUGUUUUUUCUAAAAUUUACGACAUCAAUGCAAAAGCAAAAGUUAAAAAAAACCUCAAAAAUUUAUAAUUUUUUUGAAACAGUAAAUUUUUGGAAAAAAAAUUUCAUUCAUUUUCUUCAUUUGAAAACAUUUUCAUUUAUUUUUCUGCAUAAAUUAUUUUCGAAAAAAUUUGCGUUUGAAAAUAAAUAAGUUACGAUAACUCCAAUUUGUUCAAACCCAAAAAUCGAAAGUUUCAUCUGAUUUUCAUCCGCAAGAAAUUUUGAAAUCCUGUUUCCUAUUUUCCGAAUUUAUUCCAGUGAUCUCAAAGUGCGAAAAAUCAAGAUAAUCUCUCUUCCGACUUAGACUAAGUCAGACAAUAUUUGAAAAUCCUGUUUUCAAUCUGAUUCCUACAGAUCUCUUGAUCUCCUCACCCCAAAUAUCUUUUCAGAACGUCAACUCGAUCACCAAAUCUCUCCACGAAAUCUACUACUCGAACCCCAAAUGUGAUUAUCGUUCUGAAUCCGAAACCGGCAAAAAAAUCGCCAAAACAGCUCUCGAAGGUUUUCAAAAAUGUGUCAAGCCAAUUUUCGACUCAUUUAAUGAGGAAUAUAAAGAGAUGUUUGAUAAUUGGGUGAAUUCUUCAAGAAAAUGUGACUUUAUUGAUGAAUAUAAGGAUUUGGAUAUAAAAGGAAUUGCGAAUCGAGAUGAAUUCAAAUGGUUGAUUUAUCCGAAAUGUGUGAGUUAGGGAAAACAAAAUUUUAAACGACACUUCGUGAUGACGACGCGGAGUUUCGUAGUUAUUUGACUAGGUAAACUCGGAGUGUCGUAGUUUCAAUUUCCAGCAAGAACACAAUACCCAUGUUACCCUUGGAGUUGGAAAUGAUAUAAAAGCUGAAACUAAACUCAAAAAACAUCAACCUUUCACACAAUUCUAUGGAGUUGACCCAAUUAUCGAUUUUAAUUAUGAAUUAAUUACAAAUGACCUUAAUGGCUCAUUUUUCGCAUUUGCAUUGGCGAAUGAAACUAAAAUUCAAUAUUUUCCAGUUCUCCCGAAGCAAGGUAAGAAGAUUUCUCCUGGAAACCUAUAUCUUCAGAGUUUUUUUGCAGGUCACUAUGCUAAACAAGCUGUAGCCACUUUGGAUGCUGGAUAUUUCUUUGAACAUUUGUUGAAACUCAAAAGAAUCGAUACACUUUUUCUGGAUAUUGAGGGAGGUGAACAGUAUUUCUUUGAUUAUUUUUCAAAAGGCGGAAAAUUUGAUGAAAUUGGAAUGUCAAUUUGUCAAUUCAAUAUUGAAUUUCAUCCCGGGUACACUAAAAACUACGAUCUUGUUUAUAAAUUCCUGGAGCAAACUAUCAAAGACGAGCGGUUUAUAUUCAUGCGACCUGCUCAUCAUACUCCGGGAUUUUUCAAAAUGUAUUUUUUGAAUGUUGAGAAUCAGGAAUGUAUUACAAAGUUCUUAUCGGGAAGUGUGAAGUCAAAUAAUUAUUCGAAUUGA